UAAGUUUAGAGAGAUGGGUUCCUCUGUUUUCAUGUUCACAUAAGAACAAAAGGAAAGUAGCUCAGUGAUUGCUUCAGUUUCGCCUUUUUACGCUAUAAAAACCCAGACCCAGACCCAGACUCUUCAUUUCAGGCCACAUUCUUCACUAACUUAUCUCAAUUGGGAAGCAAGUCGGAGCUGAGAGAGAUGGUUUCUGCAUUAGAAAACAGAUUCAACUCACGCAAGAAGCUACGCCUUGUUCGAUCUCUGGGCACCCAUGAAUCCCCUGGAAAACAGAGGAGUGGGUUCUGGAACUCUGUUCUGUUCAUUCAUAAGCUUAAGCUGAAGCUGGAAGCAAUUGAAAGAGAAUACUUGAAGUCUAUAAAGGAACUCCAUGCGCUCAAGGAAGUGAAGGUGGAGAAGAUGGGAGAAGAGAUUAAAGUGAAAGUGAGAUGCGAGAAGGGAGAGAAUAGAUUGGUUUCAGUAUUAGAAGCAUUGGAGAGAAUGAGAUUGAACGUGGUGGAAGCCAGAGUUUCGUGUAGUGAAUGCUUUUCAAUGGAGGCCAUUGCUGUAGCUGAAGAUGAUCAGUUGGUGAAUGUAAAAGAUAUAACUGAAGCUAUUAAUGUAGCCAUUGAUGCCUAAUCAUAAGCUUCACUUCCUUACCCACCACUUGAAUCACAAUGUUUCUUGAUAUCUCAA